CGCAACUGCAAAUCUAAGCUGUUGGAAGGGCGGCGCCGUCGAAACCGUUUUCCAGUGUAGACAUUUAAUUUCAAGUCCAGAAACUAAAGAGCCCUCAUUCAAGAAAUGGAGAGUCUCAAACUAAAGAGAACAUGCUUUGUUUUCAUAUUACUCCUCGUUAAGUUCGUGCAUUUCGCAACUUCUGCUAGUCUUAGUAGUGAUAUGACGCCAGGAGAAAAUGUUUACGAAGGUGGCGAUGUAACAUUUAUUUAUCAUUUUUCUGAUGAGCCAAGAAGCGCAGAUCAGAUAAAUUUGAAAUUUUAUGAUGACCGUCAUCCAUCCGGCCCACUUCUAGAGGUAACCGCACCCAAUUAUGUUAGCUUAAAUCAUAUUACACCACCUCCAGAUUGGACAAGUUAUGUUGAUUUGGGUCGGGAUUAUUUUAAUGCAUACAUUAAAAAGAAGGCAGUGGUCAUUACCGAUUCUGGUAGUUACUCACUGACCGACCCAGGCCAAAUAUAUGUCGGAAGUUUUGGGUGGGAAUUAAAUGUUCAACCACUUCCCGUCUGCUUUCGAUCAAAUGUUGAUAUUUCUUUCGAAGAAAAUCGGAAAGAAUGCUCUGUGAUAGACGAUGAAAAAGGAACAUGGUACAGGAACGAAAUCGAACAAUCGAACUCGGAAGUCAUCGAUGACAUUUUGUCCCAACUUGUUGUGCCAGGAAACAACAAUGUUCAGUAUACUUGCACGGCUGUUAUCAAUGGAGCUGAACGAUCAUGCAUUUUCGGUAAUGGGAAGUAUACGAUAUAUGAUGUCUUGAACAUGAAAGAUGAACUCUGAAUCUGAGCACUGUUUAUUGAAAAAAACCAAAACUGAAAACAUCAUAUUCACUGUAGUUUGUCAUUGAACUUUAAUAUCUAAUACAGUAUAUGUUUUAAUUAUUGUCUAUCUAAUUAUUGUUUAUGAACUAUUAAAAAAAAUGUAUGACCGGCUUUCAUGAUUUGUAGUACGGUACAGUAUGAUACAAUAUAUUUAGCAAAAUUUCAGUGAAGAUAUUUGCCAAAAUUACAAGGAAUGUUCAUGGGAUAUUUUGUAGUUGAUUGAUUACUCUAUUAAGUGCAUAUUACUUUGUUCCAUUUAUUUAUCAUUAAAGCUUGAUUUUCUUUCGCAAAUUAUUUAUAUUGGAAUCUCUAAUAAAUAUUUACUGUAGGUUUAUAUAUUUUAAGUAUAUUGCCAAAGGGUCUAUGAAAAUUUAUUGCU